GAUUGGACCCCAGUUUUUGAUCUCAUGUGGAGGGGUGGAGCCAGUUUGAGAGGAGACUGAAAAGCUUUUUGACGGCAGCCUUCAGGCAGAAGGCAGCAGCUUUCAUUCAGUUCUUUUUCUACUGAGAUACUCGAGUUACCCAUCUAGAAGAAAGAUGGCAAACUCUUUCAGGCGUCUGGUCUCCGGCCGAAACACUGCCAUGCUGAUGGCCAGCUUGGGAGCAGGAACCUUGGCCACUGGCUUCUUGUUGAACGAGAACAGCUCUCUUCUAGCGGACACAAAGAAGAAGCUCUAUCCUCCCAGUGCUGACUUUCCUGACCUGAGGAAACACAACAACUGCAUGGCUACAUGUCUGACUCCGGCCAUUUAUGCCAAACUGAGGGACAAGCUGACCCCCAACAACUGGACCCUGGACCAGUGCAUCCAAACCGGGGUCGACAAUCCUGGACACCCUUUCAUUAAGACAGUGGGCGCUGUGGCCGGUGACGAGGAGAGCUACGAGGUUUUUGCCGAACUAUUUGACCCCAUCAUCAAAGACAGACACAAUGGCUACAACCCCAGAACCAUGAAACAUCCCACUGACCUGGAUUCUUCCAAGGUUGUAGCUCCACCACCCUUCCUAAUAUAUUUGACUCUUACUAAUAAAGCAGAGUUUACAAAGUGUUCUCUUUCUUCCCUCUACCUCCAGCUAACCCACGGUGUGUUCGAUGACCAUUAUGUUCUGUCAUCCCGUGUCCGGACUGGUCGCAGCAUCCGCGGACUGAGCCUACCCCCAGCCUGUUCAAGGGCUGAGCGUCGUGAGGUGGAGCGGGUGGUGGUGAUGGCUCUGGCCGGUCUGAAGGGUGACCUGGCUGGACGCUACUACAGCCUGGGAGACAUGACAGACAAGGAGCAGCAGCAACUUAUUGAUGACCACUUCCUGUUUGACAAGCCAGUCUCUCCUCUGUUGACAUGUGCCUUUAUGGCCAGAGACUGGCCCGACGCCAGGGGCAUCUGGCACAACAAUGAGAAGACCUUCCUGAUCUGGGUAAAUGAGGAAGACCACACCAGGGUCAUCUCCAUGGAGAAGGGCGGCAACAUGAAGAGAGUGUUUGACAGGUUCUGCAGAGGACUCAAGCAGGUGGAGCAUCUGAUCCAGGAGCGAGGCUGGGAGUUCAUGUGGAACGAGCGUCUGGGCUACGUCCUCACCUGUCCGUCCAACCUGGGCACCGGCCUCCGGGCGGGCGUGCACGUUCGCUUGCCGAAGCUCAGCAAGGACGCACGUUUCUCCACCCUCCUGGACAAUCUGCGGCUGCAGAAAAGAGGCACCGGUGGAGUCGACACGGCCGCCACCGGCGACACCUUCGACAUCUCCAACAACGACCGUCUGGGCAAGUCUGAGGUGGAGCUGGUCCAGAUGCUCGUCGACGGGGUCCAUUACCUGAUCGAAUGUGAGAAGAAGCUGGAAAAGGGCCAAGACUUCAAAGUUCCAGCUCCCAUCUCUCAGUUCAAGAAGUGAAACGUGAACGGACAGAGAACUGCAUAGCGACGCCCUUUAACUACUACAGAGGAGGCCGACGUCUCCCGCUGACACUGCAGUUCGUUAGGGUAAAUUAUCACGAUCUGCACUUAUAGGGAAAGAAAUUCUACCUCAAGUUGAAUCCAACCCUGACUUUCAUAAAUAAACUCUUUCAAAAAGUU